AUGGCUACCAGAUGCUUGUGGAUUUGCUUCAAUGGGAGGGUCAACGGAUUUUAUUUUACGGUCAAUGGAAUAGGGAGAGGAAAACACGGUAAAAUCACUUGCCGUUUGGAAAAGGGUAAGUUGUUUUCAUCUUUCUCCAGUCCCUUGCUCCACAGCGAGAAGAAGCUUUGUUCUCCUGUCCCUUGCUCCACACCGGAAAAUCGAUCGACUCAGUGGUCUCAUUCUCACCGGCGAGGCGGGCGGUCGUCUUCUCAGGCAUCUCUCUUUUCAUCUUCUCCUUUUUCAUCUGGAAGUACAUCGAUAAGAAAUGCUCUACCUUCCUUGUUUCUUGCUGGCAGUGCUCCUCCCCUUUCACCAAGAAGUGCAUCUGGUUCCCCUUUCACCAAGAUGUACGGAGCUCCAUUAUACCCAAGGGUCGGUGGUCAAUCCGCCGCUCACGGCGUUCUCCCUACUGCAACCCGAGCCUCUUCUUUCCACCAGACUUUUGCUCCUUCAACAUCAUCUGGAUUGGGCAUUAGAGUUGCUUUGAAACUAGAGUAUCGUAUUACUCCUCCGCCUCAAUUGUCUCCUCAAGUUGCGGAUAUUUCUCGAAGCAAUUUCCAGUUUGAUUUCGAUUUUGAGAGGAAAAUCUUGGCUGAAGCGGAAAAAUAAAUUAUGAAUUGGAGCAAGCUUGGCUUUGAAAACUUUGCUUCAAAGCCAACCGAAACCACUUCUUCAAUGGGUGCAAAUUCAGACCAUGUGGUGAGCAAAUACAUUACCUCUGGACUCAGCCGUGAUGCAGUGAUGGUUGCGGUUGCAAAUUAUGGCGACAAUCCAACCAAGGUAUGU